AUGAACGCCGCUCCUCAACAUCUAAAAGUCCUGCUGACGGGCGGUGCCCGUGGAAUUGGGCGAGGACUAUUCAGACAACUAUUGAUAUCGGGUCAUGACGUUAUAAUCCUAGACUCGAACAAGGAAGAAUUAGAGCAUGUCAGAAAGCGAGCUCAAGAAUGGUCGAACGGGCGGAAGGAAAGCUGGUCUGCGCUUGAAUGCGACCUCAGCAAGCGAACGGAGUUGAAGACUGCCGUCGACGAGGUUAAGAGGAAGUUUGGUGGCAAGCUCGAUGUUUUGAUCAACAAUGCUUUCCCGACAGAUCUCUCGAUCUCCGAAGAUCGCAGUAUGGAAGCCGAGGGGGAAGACAUGGAGAAAGAGUGGGAUUUGAAGGUUGCGAUUGGUCUCACUGCGCCGUUCAUACUUAGCCGCCUAUGCGUCCCACUCCUGGCUGCUGGACACUCUACUCCAAAUUCUCCUGGUACCAUCAUCAAUAUGUCAUCAACACGCGCCUACCAAGCUGAAUCCGACCACGAAGCCUAUUCGUCUGUCAAAGCUGGUCUGUUAGGAUUGACACAGUCGAUGUCAGUAUCAUUAGGCCAUCGUCACAAGAUUAGGGUCAAUGCGAUCAUCCCGGGAUGGAUUCACGUCGUCAACGAGAGCAGAGCUGGAGAUGAGGGUCAAGCUAAGUGGGAGGACGGCUUGAGCAAGGAAGACACUGCGUGGCACCCCUCCGGGCGUGUGGGUAAGGUGGAGGAUAUCACAAAGGCGGUGGAAUACCUCAUUGGAAACGAGUUUGUUACUGGCCAGGAGCUCGUUGUGGAUGGCGGCGUUGGAAGAAAGAUGGUAUACCCUGAGAACAACUACGCCUCUGCGCGGCUUGCUGGCCUAGAGGAAGACCUAAAUCUAACGCUGCAACAGUACCAGACAGGACUAUCGAUUCUAUUCGUCGGGUAUAUCCUCGGCCAAGUACCGUCUAACCUAUUAUUGAACUGGUUCGGCCGUCCGUCGUACUAUCUUGGCUUCUUCACGAUUGCAUGGGGUCUCGUUAGCGGUUUGUCCAGUUUAGCACAAAACUUCGCCGGCAUUGUUGCUUGUCGGUUUUUUCUAGGCAUUGUUGAGGCACCUUUCUUCCCUGGCGUAUUGUUCUACUUGUCGAAGUGGUAUACCAAGAAGGAGAUGAAUCUGCGCAUGAGUAUCUUCUAUUCAGGUGCCCUGAUCGCUGGUGCAUUUGGUAACCUCAUCGCGGCCGGUAUUUUGGACGGUAUGGAUGGUCGACUUGAGCUCUCGGCCUGGAGGUGGCUGUACAUUAUCGAGGGAGCCGCGACUGUAGUUAUGGGCCUUGUCGUUUGCUUCUGUUUGCCAGACUUCCCGCAAACUUGGAAGAGGCUUACGCCUGAGCAAAAGCAUGUCGCAAACCGCCGUCUUGCGCUCGAAGCUGCAGAUGCCGAUGUGGAUGAAGAAGGAGCAAUGUCGCAAGUCAAGGGCUUGAAGCUCGCGCUGGGAGACUUGAAGACCUGGAUCUUUGUGGGCAUCUACAUGUGCCUGACCGCCGCACAGGGCUUCGGCUACUAUUUCCCGACGCUCGCACGCUCGUUGGGAUAUAGUAACUUCAUUUCGUUGGUACUUGUGGCACCACCGCAUAUCUUCAUGACUGUCUGGUCGUACCUACAUGGCAUUGUAAGCGAUCGCUUCGAGACUCGGUUCUGGUUCGCCAUCUAUCCAAUUAUUCCCGCCUUCACCGGAUUCAUCCUUUUCAUGACGACUAGCUCAUUCGGGCCGAAGUAUCUCUCAUUUUUUCUGAUGAUGUUCCUCAUGGCCAUGAACGGCACCAUAUUCUCUUGGAUCUCUGGUAUUUUGACACGGCCACCAGCCAAGCGAGCUUCAGCUUAUGCCCUCAUCAAUUGCCUGGGCAACUCCGUGACGAUCUGGACCCUCUAUACAUACCUUGACAACGAGGAGCCUUACUUUUACACUGGUAUCGGCAUCUGCGCGGGCUUGAUGGUAGUCGCAGCGUGCUUGUUGAUUUUUCUGAGGUUUUUACUGGUCCGAGAGAAUACCAGGCUUGCAGCUCUUGAGAACGAGGACGCGGAGCUGUCCGAGAAAGAGAUGAUCAGGCUGCGGCGCACAGCGGAGACAGAAGGUAUCUCAAUCGCUGAGGCGAGGCAGCUCCAGAAAGGGUUCCGAUAUCCAAUCUAA